AUGUCGGACAAGGAAAACAAGGAAAAGCCCAAACUAGAUCUCGGCCUUCUCGAAGAAGAUGAUGAGUUUGAAGAGUUUCCCGCCGAAGACUGGACCGGAAACAAGGAGGAUGAGGAAGAACUAAGCGUUUGGGAAGACAACUGGGAUGAUGAUAAUGUGGAAGAUGAUUUCAAUCAGCAGCUGCGUGCACAGCUCGAGAAGCACAAGUGA